AUGCGGCGAAUGAAAAUGAACAUUGAUCCAGAUCUUGGAGAUCUGGAGGAGAUGUUAGCCCAUGUCCAGAAUCAAUUGGAACACGAAAUUGACAUGGAGAAGGAAGCUAAAAUGCCAUCUCUGGUCAACAUACAGGAAUCACCAAAAAUGGUGAAGAGGACCUCGUCUUUCAAUAGAACAGAUUCGUUCGACUAUCGGAAGACAGCCCCUAGGCCUCCUCCAGCCAGAACUGACUCUGGAAGUCGAUCGUUGAAUGGCAAUUAUGGGGAUUAUCGAAAUGGAAACGAAUCUGAAGAACAGUACUCCCAACCACAGAUUAAUGGGAAGUUCAAAGGUUCUCAGACCAGUUUGAAGUCUGAUGAGGGAUCCCAGGUCUCCUUUCAGUCGUUUCGUUCCGAACCUGUGUCUCGUCAUUCAGUGAUGAGCUUGCAGGAGAAACGAGGAUCCUUUGCUUCCCUGAAUGGGAGGUCAAAGACUGCCACCCUUCCACGAGGGUACGGUUCCACGAAGGAGAAGAAUUGGGAGGAAUAUUGGGCCUUCGAACAAUCAAUAAGCAGCGCCCGGGCGUCCGUGAUGGUGUACGACGACGGGCUGAAGCGCUGGGUGCCCUCGGGCUCCAGCUCCGGCCUGUCCAAGGUGCACAUCUACCAUCACACCCAGCACAAUACCUUCAGAGUUGUGGGACGGAAGCUUAACGAUCACGAGGUGGUGAUAAACUGUGGAAUAGUCCGUGGUUUGAAGUACAACCAGGCGACCGCCACCUUCCACCAGUGGAGGGAUGCGCGGCAUGUUUACGGCCUCAACUUCUCCUGUAGAGAAGAUGCCGACAGCUUCGCGAGAGCCAUGAUGCAUACCUUGGAGAUCCUGGCGAACAAACCAGCGACGAACAAUGCGCCGGCGCCACCGCAGCCGCCCAACCCGCCGGUGCCGUACAACGGGCACAAUAACGCUCACACCUACGACGAGGACAUGGGAACAAUGACCCGCGAAGAUGCCGCCAUCUUCCAGCAGCCCCAGUACCACGCCCCCCACAACCAGCAACACCAACAACACCAGCAGUACCACGCGGCCCCCAGCCAGUACCAUGCGCCGCAUCACCAUCACCAGCAGCCCCAGCAGCCGACGCCGCCGGCGCCGCCGCCGCACGGCGUGCACCACACGCUGCCGCACCAGCCCAGCCAGCCCACGCCCGGACACCAUCGCACCAACAGUGCCCCGAUGCCCCCCAACAUGUCGCUGUCGGCCGCGGCGCCGGGAGCGCCCGCGCCGCCGCCCGUGCCGCCGCAUCAAAACCUGCCACCUCCUGCUAACGGCCCCCUAGCACCCCCAACGCCGCCAGCAGCCCCACAACCACCACCAAUGCAGAGUCAAGCGCCGCAAGUAGUGUCGUCGGGUCCCCCGCCGCCGCCGCCGCCUCCCAGUGCAGGGGGCCUCCAGAACAACGGGCCUCCUAGCGCCGGCCCCCCAGUGACGUCAUCGGCCCCGGUGACAUCACCGCCACCCCCUCCCCCGCCCCCUGCGCCGGCGCCGCCCCCCGAUGUGUCGGGUUUAGCUGCGCAGUUGCAGCAGGCCAGGCUUAAGAGACAAGCCAAGCAAACAAACGGCCAGUCAAGCGGACAGACAAGCGCGGAGGCGGCGUCCCCUCCAGGCGGGGCGGAGCACUCGGGCUCGUCGUCGUCGUCGGGCGGCUCCGGCCGGCCCGCCGCCACGCUCUCCUGUAUGAUGAACGAGAUGGCGCGGACGCUCGCGCGGCGCCGGGCGCAUCUUGAUAGGGCUGAGGAGUCGUCGGCAGACAACUCAGUGAACUCGACUCCGAUGAAGACCUGGGAGCGGUCUGCCACACUGCCGCAUCGACUGCCCGCCGCAUGUAAUGGGAACGCUUCUAAUUCGGAGACGAAUGCCCAGCAACAGCCACAGUCGCCGCGGUCUGUGCGCAAGAGGUUCGGGUCGGCUAGCGAGGAAACUAUACUUAAGCAAGUAAACGGCGGCAACGAGGGCGGCUGUGUGUCGGCCGCGGAGUGGGACGCCUUCAAACAGGAGAUGAUGCGGGAGAUGAGGCAACAACUCAACCAGAUCAAGAAGGAAAUAUUAGACGCAAUGAAGGCGGAGUUUGCGCGCAGGUAA